GAGCUGCGUUGAACAGACGGGAAUAUCCUGUUGCAUGGUGAUAUUGGAGAUCGUUCUCUUGGGUAUGAAGCUAUAGGAACAGAAGCUGCGGUUGGAUCUCAGCUACAACUGCGCUAUAUCCAGGAGCUAAGGACAUUCCCCACAGUUGUCCAAGGAACAAUGCUAGAUUCUUAUUUUUUGAAGGAGCUAGAGGAUGAACAGGUAUCAACACCUGCCUUGCUUGUUUUAUGUGCCUUACCUGGAUCCUGACCCUGCCUCUGCACACUUCAUACAGUUUGCAACACUGAUGUAACAAUGGGAGGGGGGAGAGGGCAGGGAGCUGGGGUGUACAGAGGAAGGGAAGCAGGAGGCAGCCGUGAUGGACAGCUUGCAAGAAAAGAACAGAGCCCGUAGUGAGGCCAGUGGGCAGUGUGCCAGCAUUUUGGUGAACCCGGAUUCCUGAAUGUAUAAGAGUUGGGACAUCUACCCUGCUCUGCAUGCACUAUGCACAAAGAGUUAGAACAAGUUCUCAGAUUUAACAACAAAUGGAAACUUUCCGGAAUCCAGAAGAUCCACUACAACUCUCUAGAAAAGAUAGUGGGAGGAUAUGGCACAAUCCCCGGCAAGCUGAUUUGGCCAAACAGCCUGACAACAACUCCCGAAGGUGACUUGGCCGUGAAAGACAGUGGAACUGGGCAGAUCCAGAUCUUUAGCGCAGAUGGUCAGGUUAAGCAAAGGUUCCCUUAUGGAUUCGAACCAAUUAAAGGGCUGGGGGACAUUACCUGCAUGAAAAAUGGCGUGCUUCUCGUUACCAACGGGACCAGAAUCAUCCAGCUUUUCAGCAAAGAUGGGGAGCUGAUCCAUGAGCUGAAGUCUCCGAAAAUCACCUGGCCUAAUUCAUAUGGGAUAGCCGUCUUGAAAGCGAACAAAAUUGCAGUGACAGACUGGAGUGACGGAGGGAAAAUUAACAUCAUUGGAGUGGACUGGAGAAUGAACGCUGUUCUGAAGACAAGUUCCAUAGAAGGGUUUCAUAGGCCGGUGCGGGUGGUAGCCAAUAAGAACGACGAAAUCUUAGUUACAGAAGGGCAGCUUUUCGGAAGGUACCAGGGCUGCUGCAUCAAAGUUCUCGACAAGGGAAAUAAGGUGAAAAGGACUAUAGGCCCGCGGUACGGGCGUGUUCAUACCUUCGAAAACCCUUCUGGCAUCUGUGAGGAUGGGCAUGGGAACAUCUUCGUAUCCGACGAAGGAGAAAACUGCAUUGUGAUGUUUAAUCCCGACUCAUCCCUCAGUACUGUAUUGGUGAACGAGGGCCUGCUAGGACCAAGCGGACUCUCCAUGCUGGACCAUGGGAUGAUAGCUGUCACCGACUGCUACAACCACUGUGUUAAAAUCUAUCGGUACAAAUGAGCAAGUCGCCGCCUUCAAUGAGCAAGGGAACUCACUGGAAUAAACACAGCUGACUCUCUGUCUUCCCA